AGAGAGAGAGAGAGAGAGAGAGAGAGACGUGUGAUUUCUCUUUGUACUGAAUGAAGAGUUGAGACUGGCCCUGCUUCUGCUCACCUCUCUCUCUCUUUUUUUUAUAUAAGCAGAGUUCGCGUGCUGUAAAUAGCCCAUUAAGCCUGUUUACACUUUACGUUGCACCGUAUCCGCCGGUGCCCGUUAGUUUUUGAGGAAGCGCAGCCGGUGUCUGGACAACAAAAGCAUCAGGUCCAACGUUUGUUUCUCCGGAGUCACACAUUUUGUCAGUCGGGAUUUUGCACGUCGACCGCUUCGACUGUUUUUUUUGUUUUUUUUGUUGCCGUCGCUCCUUCCAACACUUCCACAUCUCCUUGGGGGGUGGGGGGGAUUUGUUCUUUUCUUCUUCUUUUUUUUCUUCCUCCCCUUCUCCCCAAACCAAGCGAACCAUGGCAGCCGUAACAAGCCCGGAGACGAGCCCUCAACCCCGGGUGUAUUUCCAGACGCCCGGCGGCACCGCGGAGGAGCCGGAGACGCCGGUUCGGAAGCAGGGACGCGUGACCGUCAAAUACGAUCGCAAGGAGCUGAGGAAGAGGCUGAACCUGGAGGAGUGGAUUAUCGACCAGCUAACGGACCUGUACGACUGCGAGGAGGAGGCCAUCCCAGAGCUGGAGAUAGAUGUGGAUGAGCUGCUGGAUAUGCCCAGUGACGUUGAGCGGGGAGCCAGGGUCAAGGAGUUACUGGUAGACUGUUUUAAACCUACUGAGGACUUUGUCUCUGAGCUUAUCGACAAGAUCCGAGGGAUGCAGAAGCUCUCCACGCCUCAGAAGAAAUGAUGGGGUCUUCCCUCUCCCUCCACCCCCCCCCCCCCUGUCCCUCAGCCCCACCUCUCGUCUUCCUGCUCGUCUUUCCCAUCUUGACGUCAUACUUCAACUAAACCUUGUCUCCUUGAUUCGAUACACCCUUCUCUUCCUGUUAUUCCCCUCCUUGCCUGGCUCCAGCCGCCAUAAUUCGCUCUUAACCUUCAGCGGAGAAGACGAAGUAAAGAAUGCAUGUUGGAAGCCAAAGGGGGGGAAAAUGACAAAAAGGCCCUCUCCUGUCUCUUCUUCCACCCCCCCCCCCCCCUCCCUCCCCCCCCGCUCCUCCUUCGCCCUUUGUUUGGGCUCCACUCCUCUUCCUCAUCUCCCCCCCCGAGUCUGUCUGAGGAGGACGAGCAGAGGAGCAGAGACGAGACGGGUCCCAUAAUUACAGAGAGUGGGGCGGCAGCGAGGCGGAAAGAGGAGUCGGGAGUCGGCAUCCGCCAAGAGGAAGGUGGAAGGCGAGCAGCCAAUCAGCUUGAAGCAGGGCCCUAAUCAUCACGUUUGUGUGUCUACUAAUGAGAGUCUUUAUUUUGUUAUUCGUGAGGGGUUUAAACUAGAAGGCGAGCCAGCUACCAAUCAUGAUUCUCUUGACAACUUUCUAGUAGAGUUUUAGGGAAUAUUCACUUCACUUGACUUGAGUUUUUUUUCUUCAGUACAGUCAGAGACAUUUGCUAGUGGUGCAUUUAAAGACUGACGUUUUUGUGUGUGAGUGGGCGUGUUUGGGUGGGUGUGUUGAAAAUCUGCACUAUGUCAUUUGGGAAGAAAAUCUGAACCUCUGACCACAAGGAAUAACGCGCGUUAUGCCUUUUGUCCAGCGAGGAGGUGAAAUUUCAUCCCUGGAUAUGUUGGUUGAACCUUAAAAAAAAAGCCACUGGCUGUUGUGGUUGUACAUUCCAAACAAUGGACUACUAUUCUUCCUGUGAGGCUAAAAUAGAAGUAGUUUAUUUUAGGUGGGGUGUACUUUUAUAGAAUUCAAAUUCUUUGGGGGGGGGGGAAAUGGCAUAUGUUUUUCUUUCCUUAAAUGCGUAGUGCAGUGGGUGGUUCUUUAGAAGCCUUUGCUGUCUGCACAUGCAUAUGUGCGUCUGUUUGUUGCUAAAUGCUACGUGUGCGUGUUGCUACAUAAUGUACAGCAACAUUCAUCAUACGAGUGUUUUUACUGGCCUGUAUAUUCUGCUGUUCUGUACGACAAUUUAGAUUUUGUAGUAUAGGACUGGUUCCUGUUUUUUUCUGUUUUUUUUCUUCUUUUUUUGGUUGCAUUCUGUCACACACACACACACACACACACUGACAGUCCAACAAGGGGACCCAGAACAAAGCUGCCUUGUUUUUUUGUUUGUUUCAUAGCCCCUUUCUAUGUCCUCUUUACACUUUCUCUCCUUUUCACUUCAUUCAGUCUGCCACAUAUUUGGCGCACAUCAUUUCGGAGCAGGCACAAAACGGAAGCCCUGCGUUGGUGGCGAGACUUUGUAACGUCCCCUGACUGUCAGCAGACCCACCGAUGGGACCUCUGAAUGGAUGGGAGGGAGGCUGCUGUUUUUACAUUGAAGCUGUCUAAAAGCAUUCACCCUUCCUUUUCUUCUCACACACACACACACACACACACGCACGCAGGUCACCCUCCGGGGGACGGAGGGAACGGAAAAUAAAUAUGAGCAAAUACAGCUGCCUCGUUCGCAGAUGUGCACGCGCACACACACCCGAGUGUUGAGAGAGAGAGAGAGAGAGAGCGAGGGGGAGAGAGACCGAAGCGGUCAAAAGGUUCGUGUUUCCACGCCGCAGCUGCCAAUCAUCUCUGAGAAUAAGCCAUCUUUGUCUCAUCCUGAGCCAAUCAGAUCAGAGAACGAAGCUGACCGGCCAGUAGGAGAAGCGAAAGCCUUCGCUGUGAGUCCUGUGACCAAUCGCAAACACCUGCUGGUGACAGCAGUCUUCCUUCUCUCUCACUGCUAACACACACACACACACACACACACACACACUGGCCCAUUACUAUCUUGCUGCUCUGUCGUUCCCCCCCCCCCCUCCCCCCGGCAUCCACUCUCUCCUCCUGCUGGUCCAUUCCACCCUCCCUCCAUCCUUUCUUCAGUUUCCUUUUUAAAAAAAACAAACAGAUGUUGCCUUAGGUAUUAUUUAUGUUACACAAACCAAAUAAACGGGAGACAUUCAUUGUUAAAAAGGUUACGCAAACUGCUAAACACGUGUGUUACUGAGCAGAACCGCAGCGUUUGAAGACUUGAAUCUUCUGUCGCUCCUUUUCUUUGUUUUUUGAACAGCAAAAUGAGAUUCUGUUUUUUUUAUUAUUAUUUUUUUUAGAAGUGAGUGUUUAAUACUUAGGCCUUGAUGCAGUGAUUUUAAUUAGAUAAAACAAUGUUCUUGACAUUUACCGUUUGAAUACUGAUCUGUUUUUAUUGUGGUCAUGAUAUUUCUUGAUGCCCAGCCUUGGAUUACCACGUAGUAGAACAAAAAAUCCAUUCAGUUACACUUUGGUGCGAUUGCUUUUGCCUUCCUGCUGGGGUUUCCAAAAAACCAAGCACAGUCUGCUUUUCGGAUUGUACCAGGCAAGCUCAAUCAGUAGGUGAAUUUGAGUGGAUUUUAAUUCCUAAAUCCGGGGUUUGGAUUAUAUCUUCUUAGACUGUUAUUGAGAAGUCUGUUUUUUACUGUUGGGGAAAAAUUGCAAAAAUAUAUAUAUACGGAUUAUCAUAAUUGAGGCUAAAUACAAGCGCUAAACCAUGCGGAUGGACGGAGCGGAGAUAUUUUUUGGACAAUGAUUAGAUUGAACAAACAAAUGUAGCAAUAUCAACAACAGGUCUUAUUUUUGCCCAAUUUUGUUACACUUUUAUGCAACUUUAAUAAAAACAUGUAAA